AAAAAAAUUAUGAACAACAACUCAAAUGCGGCGGUUCGCGUCCCGGCCGACAGAUGGCAGCACAGCGCAGUCCACAGCUGAUCCCGGCUUUGAAUUAACAGUUUUGUUUUCUUCCUUUUCCUUCGUGUGUUUUCGAGUCUGAAGUCGGCAAAAUGAGUGAAUCUCGCAUGGAAUUUCGGUUGAAGAAUACUCCGAGUGACUGUAUUCAAAGUGUCAAGUUUGGGCCUUCAUCUUCACAGUUCCUUCUAGUAGCAUCGUGGGACAAAAGUGUUCGCCUUUAUGAUGUUGUCAAUAAUAACAUGCGGUUACAGUAUCAGCAUACAGGCCCGGUUUUGGAUUGCUGCUUCCAGGAUGCUGUCCAUGCAUACAGUGGAGGCUUAGAUGGUCAGCUCAAGACCUUUGAUCUCAACACAAACACAGAAUCUGUGGUUGGCUCUCAUGAUGCUCCAAUCAGGUGUGUGGAAUUUUGCCCAGAAGUAAAUGUUGUGAUCACAGGAGCUUGGGAUUCCAACAUCAAACUCUGGGAUCCUCGUGGACCACGGGAAGCUGGUACUUUCCAACAGCCAAAUAAGGUGUACACCAUGGGCCUUGGUGGAGAAAAGUUGGUAGUGGGGACAUCCAAUAGAAAAGUGAUGGUUUGGGAUCUGAGGAACAUGGGCUUUGCUCAACAGCGCCGAGAAUCUUCUCUCAAAUACCAGACUCGCUGCAUUCAGUGCUUCCCCAACAAACAGGAGCGGGGUUAUGUUGUGUCCAGUAUUGAGGGUCGUGUGGCUGUUGAGUACCUUGACCCGAGCCCGGAAGUCCAGAAGAAGAAGUAUGCCUUCAAGUGCCACAGACUUAAAGAGGAUGGGAUUGAGAAAAUUUUCCCUGUUAAUGCCAUAAGUUUCCACAAUGGUUACAAUACCUUUGCAACAGGAGGUUCUGAUGGGUAUGUCAAUAUAUGGGACGGCUUCAACAAGAAGCGCCUGUGCCAGUUCCAUCGUUAUCCAACUUCCAUAUCCUCCCUAUGCUUCAGCAAUGAUGGUAACACACUAGCAAUUGCCUGCUCCUAUAUGUAUGAACAAGAGGAAAUUGACCCCAUGCCAGAGGAUUGCAUCUUCAUCCGUCGUGUGACAGACCAAGAGACGAAGCCAAAAUAAGGAGCCAGAGCAGACAAAGAGCUUGCAUCUUUUACAGUAAUCCCUCUGUCACGAUGUAGCAAAGAGGGCUGUCCAUUACACGGGUCCAAUGUGUGUCGGUGGGCUCUGGGACGUUAACACUCAUAGUACCUCAAUUUUGUAUAUGGUGGUAUGUAUGUAUGCCAUUCUAUAUGAAGUGUUAGUGAAUUUUAAAGUUAUGAUUAGACCAAGUAUUUGACCAGCACUUAUUUAGUGUAGUCAGAUAAAAGGUGCUUCUUUCAUAUCUUUUAAUAGUUUUCUAUGUAUUUUAUCAGUAGCUUGGCGAUUCAGGCCUUAAUUACUUUUAAGCAAAUGGGUAAAUAUGCUUAAUAACCUCCAAAUGUCUUUACCAUUAUUUUCAAAGUUCAUUUUCAAUGUGGGAACUUGUGAAUCCUGUAUUCAUAUUCAUGCAGUUUCCAGGAAGAUCUGAAGAAGAAUACCAGUUAAUGUUUAGAAGAUACUGAAUGAAGUCGGCAGAAUUUUUGUGAAUGCCUUUGUUGGUUUUAUUUAUCUCCAUGUGGAUAGUUCUUUAAUGUUGAGAGGUACAGCCCAGUUUACAAGACUUUGGCAGUGUAGAUAAAUGAUUAUUGAAAUCUUUUUAUUAAUGUAUUUUUCAAUUGCAACAGUACAAAAGUGUCAGGGGUUAUUUCACAUAUUUACCACUGCUGCAUAUGCCAAAGUAUGCCUAGGGAGAAUUACAAUGUCAGCAAUAACUACAUAGAAUGGUUCCAUCCUCCUUAGAACUUGAUAGCAUUUGGAAUAAGGCCCACCGACCUCUGCCUUCUCUUUCAUGCCUUUUUUUUUUUUCUUCUUCUUCUUUUGUCUGAUUCUUUGUUUCUUCAUCAUUAUGAUAUGAACAGUGUAAGUGACAAUUCUUUAACUAUCAAAGAAAAGAAAAGUGUAUUCAGAAUUUCUUUAGCCAGCUUGUGGUAUAAAACAUUUUUAUCUUUUGUUUUAGUUUUUAUUGUCCAUUUCAUUCAUUUAUCUUUUGAUAAAUUCUUUGAGGUUGCCUCCUUCACAAAGCAUAAAAAAUUACAAUAAUAAAUGCAAUUGAAGCUUUUGUUUCUUCAGUUAUCAUUAUCAAUGUCAUUGUUGUUGUUAUUAUUAUUAUCAUUAUUAUUAUUAUUAUUAUUAUUAUUAUUAUUAUCACUAUUAUUAUUAUCAUUAUUAUUAUUGUUAUUAUUAUUAUUAUCAUUAUCAUCUUCAUUAUCAUUAUUAUUAUUACUACUAUUUUUUUGUCCCCUUGCCAUUUCUCUGCUUGGCUCUUUCUACUGCUUGAAACCUUCAUAAGAAAAGCAAACAAAAAAUAUUGCCUAUGAAGCUCAAACAGUAUACCAACAAGUGUGAACCCCCAAGCUUGCAUGUAGGUAAAGGUCCAGUACUUUGAGGUACAAGGUAUACUAAAAAUGUCCAUUAAAUUAUUUUGACAUGUAUCUGCAAAAUGUGUUAAGCAUGGGCUUGUGAGAUAUUUAUCUUUUGGAGGAAUUUUUAGAUAAUAUUUCCUUAGUGAUAGAACUGUAUUAAAGCUUUCCUUUUACUUAACCUAGUAAUUGGAAGAGUUAUGCACAUAAUUUUAUAUUUUGAUGAAAAACUAGGGUAGAAAUGCAAAUUCAGUGGAGAUGGUUGAAACUGUCACUGCCAGAAUAAACAACAAUAAAUACAUUCAAAGAAGGAUUUACUUAUUUUUUUCUUUUCUUUGAAAGAGAUUAUCUUUUCCUCAACAAUGCUCGUAAUAAAAAAAAACACCAGAGACUUGAGACUUGGUUUAUAGUAUUGAUGCUCAAGGAUACCAUUCUUGUCAUUCAGAUGGCAAUUUUGUUAGUUGCUACUCUUUCAUAUCAACAUUAAAAGGGAAGUAAAUGAUAGUUUUACAGGGUUAUGCUUAUGGAGGAAAUUGAAGGAAAUUACUUUUUUCAUCUCUUUUAUACAUUAUCCGUCUAUUUUCUAAGUCAUACUUAAGCAAUGGCUUCUGCACUCACUUUGUUUCAAAGAUAUGAAAAUAAUGACGACAUCUGACAAUUUCAGCUACAGUCACCAUGGAGAUUGUAAAUGACUACUAAAGUUGCUGCUGCAUCUUCAUCUUUGAUUCUUCCUCAAAGGUUUUUCUGACCUCCUCCUAUCAUUAGUCUGUUGAAUCCUCCUCCUUUCCUUUUCAUUCUGAUUGUCCUUCUCAGCCUCAUUAAUUUUCAUUCUGUCCUAUUUUUGGUAGCUCUAUUUCUACUGUUCUGCUGGCUAAGAGCUUUCAGUGCCAUGAUAGUAAGAAUUUUAACUUGUAUCUAGUGAGAUAACAGCAAGUUAUUUCAAGUGGUAUUUUAAUUUUACAGCACAUAAUGAGCAUAAAGUUAUAUCAAGAGACUGAAAAAAAGUUGUAUUUCCAGUAAAUGCAAAAAGUUGCUCUUCAAAAGAAGGAAAGGCACUCACUGGUGGUAUUGAAUGAAGACCCUGUAUAAAUAAAUUCUAGAAAGCA